AAUUACUGCACUUACAAGCGCACGUAGCACGUUGAAAACUGUGUAUAAAUUAUUUACAUUUAUUUUAUGUAAAAAUAAAAACAAGUCAACGCAUAAUUAACAACUGUUCAUGUCAAACACGACGAGCUUAUAUGAACUUAAGAGUAGCAUAUGGAGACAUGGACACGGACGACGGACAGAGCAAUGCCUCGAAUAGCAAUUGCAGCAGUAACAUUGUUAAUGUCAAUCAAUACGACUACAUGUUUGGCAAACAUAUGGAAAACUAUAAUGUGGAGACGUCGGCAGUCCAUCGAAAGCUUCAGAGUAAAGUUGAGGCAUUGCGCAUCUUACGCCAGGAGCUAGAACAGUUUCGUGUUGAGCGCGACCAGUACAAAUUGAUGGCCGAGACGCUGCAGUUGCGGUACUCGGCCAUGAAACGGAAUAGUGAACUGCUGGCCGGGAAUGGAAACGCAUGUGGCGCUUUAAGCCAGAAUUCGAGUCUUGCUGCGCUGCUGCACGAGACACGUGAAUUGAAUCUCAAGCUAAACACCGAGGUGGAGGCCCUUAAGCAACGGUUGAACGAACUGCAAGGCGACAUGGAACUGUUGCGCGAGAGGGAGUCCAACAGCAAAUCCCGAUUGCAGACGCUGCUCAACGAGAAUGCGGCCCACAACAAAGAGGAGCUGCAAUGGAAACGGGAGCGCGCAAAUUUCAUUUGCCAUCUGGAGAAUCUAAAAAAGAAGAACGCACAAUUAGCAUACGAUCUCAAGGGUAUUAUUGAUGAAAAGGAGGAACUAAUUACUGAACGGGAUGCGUACAAGUGCAAAGCGCACAGGCUCAACCAUGAGCUCUUGGUGGCCCUCAAGGCCAAUAAAAUGCAUCCAAAGUUGCUCGAUAUUGAUGGCGUGCUGCUGGAGAACAAGUACCUACACGAACGUGUGAAGAUCCAGGAAAGUGAGCUAGAGCUGACGAAGCAAUCGAUCAAUAAAUAUAAGAACAUGGUGGAAGCAAAGCGUAAAAAGGGCAUCGUUAAGCUUGGGGGCAGCGCAAAUGAUGAAACCAUAUUGAGUCCACGCCAAGUGAAAACUAUAUUGGAAAGCGGCAUUGAUUUGCCCGGCAAAACGGAGACCAUACACGAUCUAAAAUCCUUGUGCUUGGCGCUGCUGGACAACCUAAACGAUAAGAAUUUGGCAUUGACGCAUCAGAAGCGCACCAACAAAAUACUCGCUACCAAAAUGGCGGAGCUGGAGCAGCGUUGGCAGCAGCUACUUAGCGGCGACUCCGAAAAUACCGCAUUGGAGAAUGUGGACGAGGAGGAGGAGGAGGAGCUGGGYUAUGCACCGUCGCAGCUAUUACUCAAUGGCUACUGUGCAGCCAUGGUCGAUGAUGUGGGUCCCGACGAGGUGGAAACAGCAGCAGUCAAACCAGCCGAAACGGCAAACACACAUUUAUCCGAGCCAUACGAUGGGAGAACGACGGGUGUGCCACAAUCGGAUGACGGCAUGUCCUCGCUAUCCUCGGAGUCAGCCGACUCUUCAGUUUAUGGCAUCGACGUGCGGCUGAAUGAGCUGGCGGUUAAUACGAAUAAAUCGCCGUCGCCUACAACUGACUCGGGCAAUUAUAAUGGCACACCGCGAGUCUCUAGCGCUGUGGUUAGGGAGCGCAAAGAAGACCUCAAAGAUUUGCCUCCACAUUUGGCUGAGCUGGUGCAGAAAGCACUCCAUGAAUUGGAUAUGAGGGACUACGAGGCAAUGGUCACAAUACGCGCUGAAAACGCGGCAAAAAUGCAUUAGUUGUAAACUAGUUAAAUGUUAUUUGUGUAAUGCUUCCGUGCAUACCUAUUCAUAAUAAGCAUAUCGUGCUUAUGCCGUUAUACACAAUACGAAUUAUAAACUACAUACAUAUAUUUAUCUAUUGUUUACAGCGUACAAUAAACACAUGU